GUACAUGUGUUUAGGGGUCCGCGAAAUGGGGACCCGAACAGAAAUCGCGUUCCAUCCAGAGCUGAUUGCCAUCUAUUCAGAACGCGUGUGUCCACAACACUUUGUAGCACAACUCGACCGCCGUUCGCCCUAGCGCCCGCAUAUCUGAUUAUGGACCUGCUCAAUACCGUCGAACGUGUGGUACGCCGUACGCUCGAGGGCAAAAUCGACUUCGUCGCACAAACGCAGGUCGAAAUCAUCACCUACGUCGUGCUAUCAAUCGCGACCGUCGUCGCCUUUCUCGCGGGGUACAUCGCAGCCGAUCUACGCAUCUCCCUUGCCAUAUUCGGCGUCGCCGUACUCGGACUUCUCGUCUUGUUCGUCCCUCCUUGGCCGUACCUGAACCUGCACCCAGUUCCAUGGCGCGCACCCGUAGCUCCCUCACUCGAGUUCUCAAAAGCCGAGUGAACCAGCCGAGCCAAUCGCAUCAACGUUCUUUCUCCCCCUUCUGUAUGUCUCUGCUCAGCCAAGGAGAGUGCGGCUGAGCAGCAUGCCCAGUCCUCUUGGGGCUGAAAACGGACGAUCAGAGCAUCGUAAUCCAGAUUGACUCACGAUCCGCAUCUCUGGAUAUUACUUACCCUUACCUCCCACCUCCACCGCGCCUGCCCGCCAACACAUGUACAACAUCCGCCAAUCUACUUGUUCAAUCUAU